GUCCUGGUUGUGUUGGAAGGAGGAGGAGGUCAUGAGUUCCUCAAGGCUUCUUGGAAAAGCUCAUUGCCCUUUGGACCAGCGGCUGAUAAAAGCCUAGACGACAGAGUAAUGAUGAAGAGGUGGGAUUUGAAAGAAGUUCUCCGUUAGACUUAAAACAUUUUAUGUAUGUUUUACCCGCAGAGCACAGCCAUGACGGGGAAGUCUUGGAUUGAGGAGAGCUUCUUCAGAAGGGAGUGUGUAAAGUUCAUCCCUUCCUCUUGGGACCAACACAGAUGCAUUCCAAUAUGCCAAGUGUGCCAAAGCCUGAUCAGAUGUUGCUGUGGCCGCUUGAUGGGGGAGCACUCUUGGCAGGAGUCUUUUCCUCCGAUUUCCCUCUAUCCCAGUCCAGAACAGGGCAUGGAGGAGUGGUCCAUGGAGGCUCACACAAAAGCCACUUCUACCAACGCCUAUGGGAUCAUAGAUUUUCAAGACACUGCCACGCGGGUCUGUCGCGCCAAGUAUGUUCGUGUGGCCGUGGACUCGAAGCCAGAGGCGCUGCUCCAGCUGAUGCUGAGGGAAUGGCAGAUGGAGAGACCGAAGCUACUGCUGACUGUCCACGGAGGGUCAGAAAAUUUUAUUUUGCCCCCAAAGGUGAAGCAGGCCUUCAGUAAGGGGCUCAUCACGGCUGCCAUAAGCACAGGAGCGUGGAUUUUCACUGAUGGGAUUAAUACAGGUGUGUCUAAAUAUGUGGGUGAGGCAGUGAAGUUAUUUGGAGGCCACGACUUGAGGAAGAGAAACACGAUUGGCAUCACACCGUGGGGAAUGAUCGACAACAAUUUGGACCUCAUUGGCAGAGAUGUAUUCAGACCCUACCAGCCACUGGGAAACCCUUUAAGCAAGAGGACCUGCCUUAAUGGUUUCCACUCCCACUUUCUGUUGGUGGAUGAUGGGACGCUGGGGAAACCUGGUUGUCAGCAAGGCCUCAGGAGAAAACUGGAGAAACAAAUCCAGCUACUGAAGAUUCAUCCUCGACUGAACCAGGGAGUGCCUGUGCUGUGUGUGGUGGUGGAAGGGAGCGCCGCCAUUGUAUCAACAGUUCUGGAUUAUGUUAGCAAUGCACCCCCUGUGCCGGUGUUUGUGUUUGAGGGGUCGGGCAAGGCUGCAGACCUCUUCGCCUUCUUACACAAGCAGACUGCUAAUGAUAGGCAGCUGGAUGCUGAUAUUGAGGAGGACUUCCUGGGUAGGAUUGGAGAUGUGUUCGGAGUUGAGAGGACCGAAGCUGCGCACCUUUACACUCUACUCCAGCAGUGUAUGGAUCACAGACAAUCAAUCACCAUCUUUGACUCUGAAGCUGACGAGCAGAUGGCAACUGAUGCAGCCAUUUUGACCGCUGUUCUUAAGGGAACCAAAGCCAGUCCAUCAGAGCAGCUGAGUAUGGCUCUGGCUUGGGACCGGGCUGAUAUCGCACAGAAAGACAUCCUGGUGUAUGGUCAGCACUGGCAGGUGGGUUCCUUGGAACAAGCAAUGCUGGAUUCUCUGGUGAUGGACCGUGUGAGUUUUGUGAAACUCCUGAUUGACAACGGCAUGACAAUGAGCCGCUUCCUCACCGUGGAUCGCCUCGAGGAGCUCUACAACUCACCACAGGGUCAGACUCAGCGCUUCUUGCAGCACCUGGUUGAAGAUGCAAAACAAACCUCUCUCCCUACAGGUUACCGUCUGUCUCUCAUUGACAUGGGGCUGGUGAUAGAAUACCUCAUUGGAGGCGCCUAUCGAAGCACCUACACUCGGAAAAACUUCAGAGCUGCUUACAGCCGCAUUCAGUGCAAGGACAGUAGACGUUACAGCUCUGAUUCCUUUAUUAACCAAAGGCGAGGAAUGAGCUUAAAGAAAAGCAGAAGUCUCCAAGAUCUUCACUUCUUCAGAACUGCCCAACCCUACAAAAGCAAAGAUCAAACUGAGUCGACGGGGAGCAGCCAUCAGGUGGUGUUGAGUCAUGGCCUUGGUCGCACCACCCUACUGCCAUGUACUUUCAACUCCAACGACCUGUUCGUGUGGGCUGUUCUCCAGCAGCGCCAGCAGAUGGCGCUGUUCUUGUGGCAGCACGGGGAGGAAGCAUUGGCGAGAGCCAUCGUGGGCUGUAAGCUUUAUCGCUCGAUGGCCUUUGAGGUACGGCAGAGCAACAUGGACGACAACGUUGCUGAGCGAUUCCAGUCAUAUUCACUCGAGUUUGGGCAGCUGGCUGUGGAUGUGUUAGAUUGUGCAUUUCAGCAGAACGAGCAAAUGGCCAUGAAACUGUUAACCUCAGAGAUGGAGGCAUGGAGUCACUUCACAUGUCUGCAGCUGGCUGUCUCCUCGUGUCAUAGACCAUUUGUGUCACACUCCUGCACCCAGACUCUGCUCACAGAUCUCUGGACCGGCCCACUCAACAUGAGAAAAAACUCCUUUAUGAAGAUCAUUUUGAGCCUUCUCCUGCCGCCUGCCAUCUUGUUUCUGGAGUUUAAAAGCAAGGCUGAAAUGUGCCACGUACCACAGAGCCAUGAGGCAAUGCUGUUUGGGCUCGAGUCUGUGAAAUCGCUGCCAGUCCCUGAGGGAUCCGUUCAGAUGGACAGACAGGAUGUAGAGCGAGGCCUCCCCUUCCACAAUAAAUCCACCCUGUCCACUGUGUUUACGCAGUUUCUGUCAUGGAUCACAAGACUCUAUGAUUUUUACACUGCUCCUGUUGUUAAGUUCUGGUUUCACACAAUGUCCUACUUGGGUUUUCUGAUGCUCUUCUCCUACGUCAUCCUGGUCAAGAUGGAGGACCAACCAAGUGUCCAGGAGUGGUUGGUUAUUCUGUACAUCGUCUCCACUGCUGUUGAGAAAACCAGAGAGGUUUUGAUGUCUGAGCCUAGAAAGCUGAGGCAGAAGCUGAAGGUUUGGUUCUCGGAGUACUGGAACAAAUCCGACUUUGUUGCCAUCCUCCUGUUCCUGGUUGGGCUUUCGAUGCGUUGCCAUGCCGACCCCUACCGGACUGGAGGACACGUUGCUUACUCUCUGGACAUCAUCUUCUGGUUUAUCAGAGUUUUGGAUCUUCUGGCUGUCAAUCAGCAUGCUGGUCCUUACCUCACCAUGAUCACUAAGAUGACCAGUAACAUGUUCUUCAUUGUGGUGAUGAUGGCCAUUGUGCUGCUGAGCUUCGGCGUAUCCAGACAGGCCAUUUUGUCGCCAGAUCACGAUCCAUCAUGGAGUCUAGCUCGAGAUAUUGUCUUCCAGCCAUACUGGAUGAUCUUUGGGGAAGUUUAUGCUGGAGAACAUGAACCGUGUAGUGAUGAAUCCUGUCCUCCUGAAUCUUUUCUGGCACCGCUCCUCCAGGCUGUCUACAUGUUCUUCCAGUACAUCAUCAUGGUCAACAUCCUCAUUGCAUUCUUCAACAACAUCUAUUUUGAUAUGGCUUCAAUAUCCAACAAACUGUGGAAGUACAACCGCUAUCGCUACAUAAGGACCUAUCAGGAGAGGCCGUGGCUGCCCCCGCCGCUCAUCCUGCUCAGUCACGUGGCUCUUGCUGUCAGGAGCAUCUACAGGAGAUUUAGUGGAGAUGCUGAGCAAGAAGAGAGGCGCUCUGGGCUCAAACUCUAUCUGGGCCUUGAGGAUAGAAAGAGGCUGUAUGAGUUUGAGGAGAAAUGUGUUGAACUCUACCUUCAUGAGAAGAACGAAGAUCUCCACAGCACUCCCAUAAACAGAAUCAGAGCCACAGCUGAGAGAGCUGAUGAGAUGUGUGGGAUGGUGGGGGAGGUCUCAGAGAAGGUCGACGUCAUUCAGGACAGCCUGUCGGAGCUGGACGGUCAGCUCGGUCAGCUUCAGGACCUCUCUGUGCUGGCUGUGGACACCCUCACUCUGCUCUCUGCCUCCGACAGCCGUCAACAGGAAGAGGCCCGCCUGGCUCAGUGUCGCCACGUUUUACCGGCAACCCGUCACAUCCUCCCUCACAGCUGGACCCUCCCUCACAGGGGAGCAGAGGAUUGUGAUGUUUCUAAUGUGCGUCGCCUGGAGAUUAAAACCUGCAAAAGCACGCCGCCCUCUUUGCUAAAAGGCUCUGCUGUUGAGGGAAGUCGACGAGCGUCGCAGGAGCGCCACGUCGGGGUGAGAGAAACCAGAGCAGGAAAAAAGGGACUGCCUGAGGCAGGAGAGGAAACGGCUAAAGAGGACUCCAAGUCUGUGCCUGUUGAAGAUCCCAGUGAGAACUGGUUCAGAGGCCCUGGACGUGGGUCACAUGUUUCCUCCUCUCAGUUUAACCUCGGCGGUGGAAGGACUAAGACGCCCUCCGAAACCCCUGAGUCGUCCCGUUGUGGGUCUCCAAUUUCACCCAAACCGUUCGGGACGGCACAUAGCAAAGCCUGGACGUAUGACCCACAUUUGUAUCCCAGUCAGGAGGAAGCUUCAGUUGAAGAAGGAGAAGAGGAUGCUGAAAGGGAAGAGAAAGAAGAAGAAGAUGUACCCAACCUGGAGGAUGAAAGUCAACCAAGUUUUCCGUCCAGGUAUUCCAGCCACUGGAGAAAACCCCCAUUGCCCACUAGGUGGGCAUGUGUGCCCAGAGAGCGUCCAGAUGGGUACUGCAGGUCUCUUUCAUCCAGCAUGGAGAAGAUUGCUUUUUCUGGUGGACCUCUCAGCCCAACGAAGGGAUCUUUCCCAUCUCUUGAAGAAACGACAGACAAGGAGUGCUUGUCUGACAGAAGAGGCCUGAGGAAUGAUGGAUCUUUAUGGUGCAGCAAGAGCCAAGAAUGGGGAAAAUCUUCAGAUUUCUCGCAAGACUUGGACAGCAGAGGGAAAAUCCACAACAGGAAGACAGUGAAGAUAAAGGAGAGCAUUCCAGAUCCAGAGACGCUGGAGUCCCACUUGUCCGAUGCCCUGUGGAGGAAACGGCGGAGGUUUGUUGGAGAACAGAAAUGUUGGUCAGCUUCAACCAGCCUCAGUCAGCUCAACUUUGAUCCCACUGAUUUGGUGCAGAAGCAGGUGAUUUCCCAUCAGGAGUUGUGGAGUCCGACUCAUUCAGCUCGAAACAGCUUGGCCAAAUCAAUGAGCCGCAGGUCUUCCUUGCAGAGCGGAUUUGCUCCAGAAGCCAGGAGUUCCUCCUUCCAGCCCAGUGACAAUCAGUACCCACACUUUUCAGCUAUGGAGAGGAACAAUCUGAUGAGAUUGGCCCACAGCAUCCCGUUUACUCCUGUUUCCAUUUUGGGAGGUGAAGAAGUGAGCGUCUACUUUCUAGAGGAAGUCUGCUCUAAAGCUGAACCUGAGUCCAGCUCUGUCUCUUCCUGGUCGUCGCGGGUCCAGUCUGCGAUGCUCAAGCCGCUCUCUAGCGAGGAGGGUUCCCUGGACGGCGGUCUCCGGCAGGGCAGCAGAAUGCUGUGCACCUGGGCAGAGCAGGAUGUGCUCCAGCCUGGUCAGAUAUACGUGGUCAAAGCCUUUAAGCCAGAGGUGAUCCGUGCUUGGCAGAGGUACUUCCAUGGGAGCACUGCGCUGCAGCUUUGUUUAAGGGAGAUCCAGCAGCAGAGAGCAGCCCAGAAGAUGAUGCAAGUGUUUAACCAGAUCAAACCCAAAGAUAUGCAUCACUCACCAAGAUUUCUAGAUGUUUGCCUGGUGCUUCGGCAUUCUAACGGCCAGUGGUUGACUAUCGAGAGAAACUUGAUCGGUAACUUCAGGAAGUACAAUAACAACACAGGGGAAGAGAUUGCCCCCUGCUGUUCAUUAGAGGACACGCUACUGGCAUUUUCCCACUGGACAUACGAGUAUUCACGCAGAGAAAUGCUGGUGCUUGACAUACAAGGAGUGGGAGAGGAGCUGACUGAUCCGACAGUCGUCAUGGCAGAUGACCAAAGCUGUAGUAGGGGUGAAGUGCUCUUUGGUCCCGAUAACCUUGGAGACGUUGCCAUCAAUGGCUUCCUGCAGAAACACUCCUGCAACCUCUGCUGCCACAGGCUGGGACUAAAAGAUUUAAGGAGGCGCCCAGGCAGCGGCGAGAACAGCAGCGAGGCAGAGUCGGAGUCGGGGAAGGAAGAGGGCGAUGAAAACGAGAUGUAACAUUUUGACUGAGAUAAAAUAACACUCAAAUGCACUUUUUCUACCAAAGAUGUUUUUUCUGAAACCAUAUUAGUCUUUUUUUUGAGAGAGGGAGAGCUACGUCUGCCAUCAGAUGUUUCUGAUUGGACUAUUUGAACUAAAACUUGCUCAUAUUGUGCAUUCAUAAUUCAUAUGAAUAUAAUGCAAAGAAACAGAAAACUACAUGACAUAUAAGACAUUUUUUGUAUUUUUUUUGUAAAGAAUAAAUAAUUGAAAAAUUGCAAGCUGUUUUUGCAAAAUUGCACUGUGAAUUUUUGCAGCUCAAACAUAAAGCUUAAAAAAAAAGAGGCAGAGAUGCACCCAUAAAAUUUCUUUUAUUUAUUUUUUUCUUCCCACAACAAAAUGUCUACAAAAGCAAUAAAAUAUAGAAUUUAACAAAAAUCACUUCAAACCUUCACAUUGUAUGUACAUCUCAAAGGAGGACUCACUGAGGCCUCCGCAAAGCUCUGAACCUCUCCCCAGUCUGGCCCUCCAGUUCUGGGUGCGUGGGACUCCCUUUAAUAACAUACGCAUGCAUGCAAAUGCAUUCUCCUCCUCAAGUGAAAAUGGAGGCUCCAACUGUGUGUUUUUUUUAUAUCGUGGAGCCAGAUGUUCAGAGUCCAGCAGAGUCCCCAACAAGUGGGAAAAAAAAGCAGAAAAUAUAAAAAUGCUUCAUCAGUACACAUUUUCCUCUGAGUUCCCUCCUAUUGUUUUUUUUUUAUUAUUAUUAUUGGUUUCUCAUGUAAACUCACACAGUAAAGCAUCUAUGCCCCAUACUGCCAAUCCUUUAACUCCUCACUAACUAUGGCACUUUGAAAACAAAAAAGACUUUUUAAAGUUGGCAUUAUUUUUUUUAUCUUAUUUUAAGUUCUGUGUAAAAAGAGGUUCUGCAGCCCGGAUACCUUUCAGCUUCCAGACACAGAUUGCUACAUUUUUUUCAUUUUGCUCUUGCUGGGACACAAAAAAAACAUUCUAAAAAAUAAAUUAACAAUUUUCAAAACUACUCCCAAUUGCACAGACAUUGUAAUGCAUCAAGAAAGUCUUACAAAGCAUUGGUAGAGCAGAACAUGGUCGCACUCUCUUCCGUUUCUCUAGCGCAGGCACACAAGCUCACAUACGUUUUCUUCAUAAAAGGGAGGAGGAGGUCUGGAGUGGGUUUUGACUGAGUGUAUGAAAUGUGGUUUUGAAAUCGGCUGUAAUAAAAU